CACGCUAUACUGCACCCAUUGCCUUCUCUGCUUGCUUCAACGGUACAGUACUGUCCUUGCACACAGCUAGGCCGGACAAGAUCCUGCAACAUGUCCAUCUUGAAGAUUCAUGCUCGUGAGAUUUUCGACUCCCGUGGGAACCCCACUGUGGAGGUCGAUCUCUACACCAAGAAAGGUCUGUUCAGAGCUGCAGUGCCUAGCGGGGCUUCCACUGGCAUCUAUGAGGCACUGGAACUCCGUGACAAUGACAAGACACGCUAUCUGGGCAAAGGUGUCUCAAAAGCUGUUGAGCAUAUCAAUAAAACAAUUGCACCUGCUCUGGUUAGCCAGAGCGUGUCCGUCUUGGAGCAGGAGAAAAUUGACAAGCUGAUGCUCGACAUGGAUGGCACAGAAAACAAGUCUAAAUUUGGUGCUAACGCCAUCCUGGGCGUCUCCCUGGCUGUGUGCAAGGCCGGAGCUGCAGAGAAGGGGGUCCCUCUGUACCGCCACAUAGCCGACCUCGCUGGAAACCCUGAAGUCAUUCUCCCUGUUCCUGCCUUCAACGUCAUUAAUGGUGGCUCCCAUGCAGGCAACAAACUGGCCAUGCAGGAGUUCAUGAUUCUGCCGGUUGGUGCCAGCAGCUUCAAGGAGGCCAUGCGCAUUGGUGCUGAGGUCUACCACAACCUUAAGAAUGUCAUCAAGGAGAAGUACGGCAAGGAUGCAACCAAUGUCGGCGAUGAAGGUGGCUUUGCCCCCAACAUCCUUGAGAACAAAGAGGCCCUGGAGCUUUUGAAGAACGCCAUCAGCAAAGCCGGCUACACCGACAAGAUUGUGAUCGGCAUGGAUGUGGCUGCUUCCGAGUUCUACAAGGGUGGCAAGUACGACCUGGACUUCAAAUCCCCCGACGACCCCAGCCGUUACAUCACCCCUGACCAACUGGCUGACCUCUACAGGAGCUUUGUGAAGGAUUACCCAGUGGUGUCCAUCGAGGACCCAUUUGACCAGGACGACUGGGGGGCAUGGACCAACUUCACUGCCAGCACCAGCAUCCAGGUGGUUGGUGAUGACUUAACUGUGACCAACCCCAAGCGCAUUGGCAAGGCUGUCUCUGAGAAGGCCUGCAACUGCCUCCUACUCAAAGUUAACCAGAUUGGCUCAGUCACUGAGUCCCUGCAGGCCUGUAAGCUGGCACAGUCCAAUGGCUGGGGUGUCAUGGUAAGCCAUCGUUCUGGAGAGACAGAGGACACCUUCAUCGCUGACUUGGUGGUGGGACUCUGCACUGGCCAGAUCAAGACUGGCGCACCCUGCCGAUCUGAGCGCCUGGCCAAGUACAAUCAGCUGCUGAGGAUUGAGGAGGAGCUGGGAGACAAGGCCCGUUUUGCCGGCAAGAACUUCAGGAGGCCCAUCUGAAGUGGUAACCAUUCUUGGGCCUUAGUGUUUUCAUCAUGCUCUCACUCCCACACAUCAAAGCCACGCCAAGAUGCCCUUCACGGAAUGGAGGAAGGUCGGAAAAGGCAGUGAAACCCAAGGUCCAAGUCUGUAGGUUAAGGCACAGAAUCUCGCUUCUAGUACAAGUCAAUGAUCCCAUCCCUGUAUGCUUUGGCAGCCCCCAGUAGCAUUGGUCUCUUAAUUGUGUCUCUGUUAUUGUGCGAGAGAUCUUUGUUUAGCUUUUUGUGAGUUGUAGUGAUUCUGGUCCUCUCCUGAGUAUUUUUUUGUUGAGAGAUCCGUUCACUGUGCCGCAGUACGGAGCACAGAGUAUGUGUAUUGUGUUGCUUUUGAGAAGUUGUAGUGUUGCUGUAAAAGCGUGGCAUAACAUGAAAUAAACAAUCCUUAC